ACUCGGUGUCCCACACGGUCAGUCAGAUGGCUAGCCAGGUGGCCACACCCACGUCCCUGCCGACCACUGCUACGUCCUCCUCUACGUCUCUGUCCUCGCCUGCCCUGUCACCGUUGUCGCCAGCACUACUCAGUCCCGAUGAGGAGGAACUGCUCGCCAAGCUGGAGGAGCAAAACAGGUUGUUGGAGACGGACAGCAAGUCGCUGCGCUCAAUGAACGGCUCCAGGCGGAACAGUGGGUCCUCCCUGGUGUCCAGCUCCUCCGCCUCCUCUAACCUCUCCCACCUGGAGGAGGACUCGUGGAUUCUGUGGGGACGAAUUGUCAACGAGUGGGAGGAUGUGCGCAAGAAGAAGGAGAAGCAGCUCAAGGAUCUUGUCAGAAAAGGGAUUCCUCACCACUUUCGGGCAAUAGUGUGGCAGCUGCUCUGCAACGCCCAAAGUAUGCCCAUCAAAGAUCAGUACUCUGAACUCCUGAAAAUGACGUCGCCCUGUGAGAAGCUGAUUCGCAGAGACAUCGCUCGCACUUAUCCAGAACAUGAUUUCUUCAAGGAGAAGGACAGCUCGGGUCAGGAAGUGCUCUUCAAUGUCAUGAAGGCAUAUUCUCUGGUGGACCGGGAGGUCGGCUAUUGUCAAGGUAGUGCAUUCAUUGUGGGACUGCUACUCAUGCAGAUGCCAGAGGAAGAGGCUUUCUGUGUGUUUGUGAAGUUGAUGCAAGACUACAGAUUACGAGAGCUCUUCAAACCCACCAUGGCGGAGCUGGGACUUUGCAUGUACCAGUUCGAGUGCAUGAUCCAGGAGCAACUCCCAGAGCUGCAUAUACAUUUCCAGGCUCAAAGCUUUCACACCUCCAUGUAUGCGUCUUCUUGGUUCCUCACCAUCUUUCUCACGUCCUUCCCUCUGCGUGUUGCCACAAGAAUCUUUGAUAUCUUCAUGUGUGAGGGUCUGGAGAUAGUUUUCCGUGUGGGACUGGCCAUCCUCCAGAUGAACCAGGCUGAACUCAUCCAGCUUGACAUGGAGGGAAUGUUACAGCACUUUCAGAGAAUUAUCCCAAACCAGCUUGACAACGGCCCAGAUAAGGUCAUCCUGGCUGCUUAUCAAGUCAAGUACAAUGCCAAGAAGAUGAAAAAGUUAGAGAAAGAAUACACUACAAUCAAAUCUAAAGAAAUGGAGGAGCAGGUGGAGAUAAAGAGGCUGCGGACAGAGAACAGGCUCCUGAAGCAGAGGAUAGACACACUGGAGAAAGAAAGUGCUUCCUUGGCAGAUAGAUUGAUCCAGGGACAAGUGACUCGAGCUCAGGAGGCAGAGGAGAACUACCUGGUCAAGCGGGAGCUGGCCACGGUCAAACAGCAGAGCGAAGAGGCCAGUGGUCAGCUGGAGCAGGCCAAGAACACCAUCAGGCAGCUCCAGCAGCAACCACAAGCGAAGGGAGCCCCUCGCUACUCGGAGGAGUCCGUCCUGCAGCUGGAGACGGAGCUUGUACAAGCGCGACUGAUGGAGGCAGAGUCCCAGUGUGCACUCAAGGAGAUGCAAGACAAGAUCCUUGAUAUGGAACAGAGGAACACGUCCCUACCAGAUGACACCAACGUAGCACGGCUACAGGAGGAGCUGAUCGGGGUGAAGUUGCGGGAAGCGGAAGCCCUAACUGGCCUGAAAGAGCAGAGACAGCAGGUCAGAGACCUGGAAGAGCACUGGCAGCGUCACAUGGCACGCACAGCUGGUCGCUGGAAGGAUGCCCCAAAGAAAAAUACUAUGAGUGAGCUACAGGACGAGCUGAUGAGCGUAAGGCUGCGUGAGGCCGAGGCCCAGGCAGAGCUCCGAGAGUCACGGCAGAGGAUCCUGGAACUGGAGACACAGAAUCAGAUUCACAGCAACCACCUGCGACGGGGGGAGCAGGAGAGUCGCAGUCUCCAGGAGCGGGUGCAAACACUGACGGUGCAAAAUAAAGAUCUGCAUGUGCAACUGCAAGAGAUCAAGCGGAGACAAGCUGAAAUUGAAUGCAAGAGCAAGGAGGAAGUGAUGGCAGUGAGGCUGAGGGAAGCUGACAACAUUGCUGCUAUGGCAGAACUCCAGCAACAGAUCUCGGAGCUUGAGAUUGAGAAAGAAGAAGGGAAGGUCCAAGGCCAGCUGAACCACACAGACUCGAGCCAGUACAUCUGUGACCUCAAAGACCAGAUAUCGGAACUAAAACAUGAGAUCUUCUGCUUGAAAGGAACGAGGGGUUUGGCCAAUCAACCCAGUUUUGAUGGGAUCCACAUUGUCAAUCACUAUGUAGGGGAUGAGUCUUACCAGUCUUCAGAUGAAGAUGGAGUCAAGGCACCCACCCUCCAGGACACCCAGCCGAGGAGCGGCAGCCGCAUCAGACUGCGCCCCAACCUCAGGGACACCGACAGCGAGGAGGAAGAGGAGGAAGAGGAGGAUGACGGGGAGGCCCUGCGUCUCUCAGUGCCUCCGAGCGGCGGCCACAAGUCCACCACCGUGUGAGGAACACCCGUCGGCUGCCGGAGUCGGGACACGGACUGUCAGCACCCACAGAGGAGGAGCCGGAUGUGGAGAUCUGAAUUUCAGAGGGGAAAUGCAUUAUCAUUUCAUAUCAUGAGGAUUACACAAGUUGAUUUAGUUUUUCUUCAUUUACCUCCUUUUUUUGUAGUUUUUGUUAUCUUCUUGAGGGCAGCAAACACCUGACCGCCGGCAGAUCAUCAGCCUGGAGGAUCAAAUAAUGUGGAACGUAUCAAACUCGACUGGGACACGGAGAUCAGAGGAGGGGUUAGGGGGGGUGUGUCUGUCUGUCUGUCUGUCACCCCUCUAACACCCCCUCACUUUUGAUUGUCGGUACAACACAGAGACAGAGACUGUGCAAUAAAAACAUUUAAUGCUCUACUACACACUUCAUCCAAUGUAUUUUUAUAUUUUUAAAACAUUUUAUAAAUGAACAUCAAAAAUGUAUCGAUGCUGUUACUACUAAGUGUCCAUCAUGAGGAGGCAGGACUGGGUGUGUGAAUGUAUAUGUGUUUGUACAUUCAUACAGUGAGACAUCAAGGUCUGAGACCACGGUCCCAAUGAAAUUAAUGAGACAGUGGUUUCAGAGUUGUUCGGAUCCCAAUGUUCAUAUAUAAAAUAUAUGCGUAUCUAUUGUCUUUAUGAAUUUGGUCAAUGCCUGGUAUCAAACCCGCGUCCUCCAGAGUCGACCUGAGGGUAACGAUGACUGUUCAGGCCUUGGCACACGCCGCAUGCCUUUCACUAGAAGCUGGUGUAUCACAAGCUCAGUGUCAUCUGCAUACGUGUAGAUAUGUAAAUGUAUAUAAUGGUUGUUGUUUUUUGUUUUCAAUACCUUUUGAACUUGAACAAAUGUAUCUAUUGCAUAUCUGACUUUUAGAAUAUAUUGUACAACUCAGAAGAAAAGGGACAUUUAUAGGUUGGUUAAAUAACAGAAAUGACGGAUGCUGUUUUUGAGGCGAGCGAGGUGAAUUCCUGUUAAGAGAAAAAGAAUAAGUGACCUCACUCGACUUGUUGAUUAUAAAAAAACAGAAGAGGACAGAUUUAUCUCCUGACGACUGUUGCUAUUGAAACGAGUUCUCUGAAAGCAUCGCAGCUGUACUUUCAGAAUGAGCCCCCUCACUAAGCAGAAGGAGCACAUCAGCUGACGCGUCACACGAGUAAUGUCUGUCAGGUUUUUUCUGUGUGUCACAAAUUUGCAAAGAAAUGGAUGAAGCUGUAAGGGAACUUGAACCCGGGGACGCUAUAACACAAUCUGGAGAUUAAUCAGGAUCUGUACCAAAGUGUUGUCAUCCACAGGUCAGUUCUACUCCACUUUCAAAGACCUGCAUGUGUAUGAAUUUCUCUGACUGUCCACGUGGAACACUAACUCCUGUAUUCAGUGGAAGACCGAGGAGACUGUGGCGAUGGGUUGGUGAUAAUCACGUUCAUCUGGUCAAGUUACCCUGCGUCAUCUGAGGGAGAGGAACACUUUAUGGCACUUUUGAGUCUGCAGUGCAGUAAAUAUAUGGGGCAACGCUAUGGAGCAGUCGGCACAUUCUGGAGACUUACAUGAGAUUGUUAUAUGUAUGUGUGUGUGUGUGUGUUUAUGCAUGCGAGUGUGAGCGAGAGAGAUGAGUUCAUAAUAAAAUGUUUGACUAA